AGGGCCAUAUCUGUGGAAUUGGCCAAAGUAUGGAGGCUAGAAUAGAGCCCCAGAAACUUGGCAUCCGUGCACAGCCUCCUGCACUCAUCCUCAUUUAUCGUAAUUCUGAUGGGAGGGAGAGGCAGCGUACAAUGCCAAUCAGGUUUUUGAACAAAUAUGGGACUGUGGAGAAGGUUUUAAAGGAGCUGAAGGAAAGACAUAAAGAACAUUUGGAAAAGGUUCCAGAUCUGAGAAUGGAGAAGAUGCUGAGGAUUUUACAGGAAUCCCAAAAGGGUCGAAGCAUAGAUGAGGCUGUGUCUAAUAUAAGUAAAGACUAUGAUCUGGAUCCAAAUCAGGACCUGAAUAAGUUGAAUGAUGAACAGCUGAACAGAAAGAAGAAGAUAAUGGACAACACUUUCCAGAAAAAUCAGUUGAAGCCAGGUGAUCCAGGCUAUGAAUAUGACAAGCAGGUAGACUUUGACACUGCAGAGAAGGUAGAAGCUGGCUGGGAUUCUUCUGAAGAGGACUUUUGGUCUUAACACAGGC